AUGAAGUUCUCCGCUGUCCUUGCUCUUGCCGCCUCUGCUUCGGCAGCCACUCUGCAGAAGAAGCAGUCUCUGACCGCCCCGAUUGGCAACUUCUACGCCGACUGCAUUCCUCACAGCACCUUCUGCGCCUACAACUUCACCAUCACCAGCGAUCCUGUCCUCCCCGCCAGCCACUGUGGCGCUUUCCUCCAGGGUCCUGACCAGUUGCCUGAGGUGAAGGACGGCGACUGCCCCGACAACUCCGCCUACACCUGGUCGAUCACCAAGACCACCGACGGCGGUCUUGACUUUGCCAUCUGGUACCCCUUCAACAGCCGCAGCAACAUCACCUAUUGCCACAGCAUCACUGCCGACCAGAUCACUACCCAGAACAACGGCGCUGUCAGCACUCAGCACUACACUGGCCCCGGUAACUUCACUGCUUCCGUCACCGAUUGCUCUGCAUAA